AAAGAAGGAAUGAAUGUGGUUAUCUUGAGUAGAACCAAAGCAUCACUGGACCGGGUGGCCAAGGAAAUAGGCAAGAACUUGUUUUGUCUGCUUUUAAAAUUUGGAUUGGGUCUACAAAAAUGUUUGUCACCCGUAAGCAUUAAUAAUGUGCAGUAUAUUGGUGAUUUCACAUGUUCAUUCUUCACAGGCAAUGCCACAGGACAGAAGGUGAAAGUGAUAGUAGCAGACUUCACAAAGGAUAAUGUUUUCAGUGAAAUUGAGGAUCAGCUUAAGGACCUCAGCGUCGGGGUUUUAGUCAAUAAUGUAGGCAUUAUCCCCAGCAUCUUUCCCUCGAAAUUGCUUGAGUGUGCAGACCUGGAGCAGACAAUUACACAUGUGAUAAACUGCAAUGUGAAGACUGUGGUCAAGAUGUGCAAAAUAAUCCUUCCAGGCAUGGAGAACAGGGGAAAAGGAGUGAUUCUGAAUAUUUCAUCUGGCUUUGCCUCUGUUCCAGUUCCCUAUUAUAUACUGUAUUCUGCAUCAAAAGCAUUUAUAGAAAGAUUUUCUCAAGGUCUUCAAGCUGAAUACAGAGAUAAAGGGAUUAUCAUACAGGUGGUGGCACCAUUUGGGGUCUCCACUCGGAUGACAUUUUACCAAAAAGCCAGCGUAACUGUACUGACAUCAGAAGACUUUGUGAAAAGCUCACUGCAGUACCUCAGAGCUGGAGACAAAACAAACGGCAGUGUCUGCCACAUUAUUAUGGCCUGGUUGCUGCGCUUUAUCCCUUUUGAGGUUAUCUACACAGAACGUGUGCUACAAGGCAUAAACAACUACAUCAUGAAGAGAGUAGAGGAACCCAUCUCUGCAUCAAAUGCAACUUUAGAAAAUGGCAGAACCAAUCAGGGAUAGUAAGAAAAAGACAUUUGUUACCUAUGGUGUUUGCAAAUCUGUUUUCUGAAAGUAAUGUCAUUAAGUAGGUGUCAUAGUUCUAGGUGUCAUAGUUGAUGA